AUGAAUGCUAAUAAUGCUGCUUCUCUUGUCACGGGGGCUGAUUCUAUACUCUUAGCACAUGCUUUACCAUUGGACAAAGAUAUCCAGAGUCGGGAGAUCUUUGGUCGUGGUACUAAAAGAGAGGGGGGUCUUUAUUAUGUGGAUGAUGUGGCAACUAGUCGGGGUGUACUCCAUGAGACUACUUGCCCUCAAACACCACAACAUAAUAGGGUUGCUGAACGUAAAAAUGGGCAGAUCCUUGCUGUUGCCCUUGUUCUACUGCUUGGUGCGUCAGUUCCAAAGCGGUUCUGGAUGGAUGCUAUUACCUAUGCAGUCUAUCUCUUGAAUCAUCUACCUUCACGAGUUUUGGAUUUCCAAACUCCUAUACAGAAACAUAGUGAAGGACAUAACUGGCUAGAUUUACAAGGGGGAGUAGUAGUGGAUAGUUUGAUACAAAGGGAAGAACCAACCGAACCUGCUACACUAGUUGAACCUGCUAUUUUAACUUAUGUCACUACUGUCAUUGAACCAAUUGCCUUCCAUGAAGCUUCUCUAAUAGUACCCGAUCAAGCUCCCCUGUAUAUUCCUGAGGUAAGUGCUUAUAUUCAUACUUCUGAUAAUUCUUAUGUUCUAUCGCCUAGACAGAACCAUGGGGUUCCACCUGAUCGUUACUCACCAGAAGGCAAAGCAAGAUAUGCUAUUGCCCAUUAUGUGUUUGAUCACAGGUUAUCUCCUGAGUGCAAAGCGUUUGUGACUAGAAUAGAUAGUAUUAAAAUUCCAACCCGUGUUGAGGAGGCAUUUAAUGAUCCAAAGUGGGCUGGAGCCAUGAAUAUUGAAAUGGAGGCGUUGUAG